AAGGCCACCAUAUUAUAUAUAUAGAUAGAUUGAGAGAGAACUUUUCAUUCAAUUUGCUUCAAAUGAUUUGAGAACUUUUCAUUGUGUUUACUCUUUUAAGGCAGUCUUCUCUGUCUCAAUUGGUAUUUUUUUUCUCACAAAUAUAGGGAGCAACGAAAGAUCUUCCCCCCCCCCCCCCCCCCCCCUCUCUCUCCUUCCAUUAUUGAUCUCCAGCAGCAUCUAAAUCUGCAAUAGAAGGGAAGGCAUGAUUCCUCGUAGUGUCUCUCUAAAUUUUUUCUUGCUAUUUCUAGUCCGUGAAAUAGCAACUGUAUCAGCACUAAUUAUGGCGAAGCCUAAUUGUAUAGACACUUGUGGAAACAUUAGCAUCCCUUUUCCAUUUGGAAUAGGAACAGGUUGUUACAUGAAUGACUGGUUCUCAGUUGAUUGCAACAAAACAACUGCGGAUUCUCCCAGCAGGGCUUUCUUAAGCAGGAUCAACAUGGAGGUCUUGGAGAUUUCAAUAAGGGACAUGAGUAAUAUGGUUCGAGUAAACAGUCCAAUAAUUUCCUCCGGCUGUUCUGGUAGAGGUGCCAACUCAGCCAUUAAUAUGACUGGAAGUCCUUUCGCCUUCUCUUCCUCAAAUAUCUUCACCGCAAUGGGCUGCAACAAUCGUGCUUUAUUGAACGGAAUUGAGCCAGAAAUUGUUGGGUGCACGUCAACUUGCGGUAAAGAAAAUAGUUACUGUUCUGGUAACAAUUGCUGCCAGACCACAAUUCCCUCGAGUCUCCAGGUGUUCAACGCGAGUUUGGGGACCCCAGAGCACCCUAUUAAUGAUCAAGGCAGAAAUCAAUGCAAGGCAGCUUUUAUAGUAGAGGAAGAAUGGUUCCGGAACAAUAUAUCAAGUCCCGAGGUGGUGCAAUAUAUGCAAUAUGUUCCAGUAAUCCUGCGUUGGCUUAUGUAUUAUGGUACUGACAUCCCUGAAGGUGUAACAUUGUAUUCUGAUGCAAAUAAUUCUGAUGCAAAGAAUUCUGAUGCAAAGUAUUGCGACCCCCCUGUGAACUUAACUUCUGGUAGGUGGGGUUUGAGAACAGUAACAUUGUAUUCCAAUUCAACUACUUGUUGGUGCAGCCCGGGCUAUGAUGGCCAUCCGUAUCUUCCUGAUGGAUGCACUGAUAUCGAUCAGUGCAAAAUUCCCGGGGUAAAUUGGUGUUCGGGGAUGACAAAAUGUGUGAAUGUACCGGGGUGGUACAAGUGCGAGCUUGACAAAGCUAAGAUCACUUUCUUAAUUCUAGGUGCGGCCACUGGAUUGUUGCUGCUGCUUGUUGGUAUCUGGCGGUUAUAUAAACUUGUAAAAAAAAGGAAGAACAUUGAACUGAAGAAGAAGUUCUUCAAACGAAAUGGUGGUUUAUUGCUGCAGCAACAAUUAUCCUCAAGUGAUGGAAGCAUUCAGAAAACAAAAAUAUUUACUUCCAAGGAGUUGGAAAAGGCAACCGAUCGUUUUAAUGAUAAUAGAAUACUUGGUCAAGGUGGCCAAGGAACUGUUUAUAAAGGAAUGCAAGCAGAUGGAAUGAUCGUUGCUGUUAAAAAAUCCAUAUUAGUGGAUGAAGAAAAGUUGGAAGAAUUUAUCAAUGAGGUCGUCAUCCUUUCACAAGUCAAUCAUAGAAAUGUGGUCAAGUUGCUAGGUUGUUGUUUAGAGACGGAGGUUCCUCUGCUAGUCUAUGAAUUCAUUCCCAAUGGAAAUCUCUUUGAGUAUAUUCAUGACCAGAAGGAGGAGUUCGAGUUUUCAUGGGAAAUGCGACUAAGGAUUGCUACUGAAGUUGCUAGGGCACUUUCUUAUCUUCAUUCCGCAGCAUCCAUUCCGGUUUAUCACCGUGAUAUCAAGUCUACAAAUAUAAUGUUAGAUGAGAAGUUCAGAGCAAAAGUAUCAGAUUUCGGAACUUCAAGAUCGAUCGCAAUUGAUCAAACUCAUCUAACCACUCAUGUUCAAGGCACUUUUGGAUACUUGGACCCAGAGUACUUCCAGUCUAGCCAGUUUACCGGAAAAAGUGACGUCUACAGUUUUGGUGUUGUUCUUGCAGAGCUCUUGAGUGGGCAAAAACCAAUUUCUUAUGAAAGGCCGGAAGACAGGAGAAGUUUAGCCACUCAUUUUAUUCUUUUGAUGGAAGAGAACAAGAUAUUUGAUAUUCUUGAUGAACGACUUAUGGGGCAGGACCGUGAAGAAGAAGUUAUCGCAGUCGCUAAUCUUGCAAGAAGAUGCUUGAACUUGAAUGGAAGGAAACGACCAACAAUGAGAGAAGUCGCGAUAGAGUUGGAGCAGAUUCGGGUGUCAAAAGGAGCUCCUCAUGCACAACAAAGUUGUAAAGACCUUGAAAACAUCAGGGAUGAAGUUCCCAACGUAUGGGAAAUUGCUGGACCUACUACUUCAGUAACAAUUGGCGAUUUAGAAAUGGCACGGCUCCAUCUUUGGAUGUCCAACCAUUGAUUUCUCACGAAACAUGGUGAUUAAGGACAUCCACGACUUUUAUGUUCAUUUGAUUUGCAUGAGUUUUAGACAAUUUUAAGAUUUUCUCAUUGUAUUUCCCCUCAUCAGACGUUCCUAAACUAAUCAAACAACAUGUAUAAUUUUUUUUUUUUAAUAGUAAACGAGAGAAUUAUAUAUUA